AUGUUUAUCAAUACUGAUAACUCCACUACAUCAGUAACACUUGACACAUCCAAUACCAACUACACCUCUUACACCGAUUGUGAAUUUAGUCAAAAGUUUGAAGAAUGGCUUAAAACCGUUGAGCAAUACGAAAGAAUUAUCAAUGAUCAGAAAAUAUCAAAAUGGGAUAAUAACAAUUUUGGCUUAUCAACCAAUUUUAAUAACAGUAAAGCCCGACCACUAGCAGGCAAACUUUCUUAUUAUCCUUUGACACGCACAGGCACAAAUCAACUUGGUGGUAUUUAUGCUAAUGGUCGUCCAUUACCAGUUUAUCUUCGAGAACGCAUAAUAAAAAUGGCUUCAUUAGGUAGUAAACCUUGUCAAAUAUCACGAGAGUUGCGUGUAUCACAUGAUAUCGCAGAACAGGCUCAAUUAGACCUGGCAAGAUUGGUGGUGACAGCAAUUGCAAUUUACAAACAUCGUCAACCUUCAAUGUAUUCAUGGGAGAUUCGUAAUAAGCUGAUUUCUGAUGGUAUAUGCAGUACAUUUAAUGUUCCCAGUAUUUCUUCAAUCAACAGAAUUAUCAGAACAAAACUUGGCAAUGAUCAAUCCACUGGUUCUGAAUCAGCAAUAGUCCCUGAGACCACUCACCUGCUUGCUCAAAUGAUCUAUAAAGUAGAGCAAGAAUGA